AUGACGCUUAUCAAGCAAUCAUGGCAAAGAGCACCUUCAGACAUUGCCUCCAACGCUAAUUUGUCACCAUCAAAGCUGAAGCAAGAGACUGCAGGGCACGGCUGCAGACCAGACCAGCAACCGGCUGAACAAGGUACGGAUGAUCAAGGCACUUUGACACUCGAAAAAGGUCGUACGGGCGGGCGCCAUGCCCCAAUAGAGGAGCUACCACCAGAGCUCCUCCUAUAUCUGUCACGUUUCCUCGAUCUAGCCGGCCUCAUAGUGCUCAGCAUGGCAACGAGUCAGACACUUAGGACCGUUUUCCAUCAAUUUGACCGAGAGUUUCUCUUCCUAGAGCCUCCGCAUCGACUCAACCUUGCAGAGUGGAGAGACGCGGCUCGCCAAGUCGAAUCUUACGCUCUCACGCAGCAGGAUAGCACAUCAGCCCGAACGAGCCGCAAUGCUACGAUUGAGGCUGAAACAUGUUCACCGACGAAAGUGCAAAUCAAUCUGGAUGCAGCGAUGUUUGAUCUGACCCGCGAUGAGAGUCUGAUCGACUUGGAUCUUUUCAAAUCCGUACUCGAUUACCUUUCUCGCGACAAAGCACGAGAGCCCCGAGAUGGGUAUAGUGGACAAGUUGUCGUCGAUUCGAAUGUAAGGCAGUCUGCCACCAUCAACCAAAUUCGCUCCUUGUACUUGACAGGAUGGCAUGGGAUGGCAGGAACAUUCUUGGUCCAGCAGCUUCGCUCCCAGCCCUCGCUUCGAGAUGUGUGUACAAUCGUCAAAACGGAAAGAGCGGAUGCUCGGAUAUGGCAACAUGCAGCUGUAGAAGAUCAAGCGCUCCGAACUCAGACAAGAAGUACAGAUCGGGACUGGAUUGCACUGCUUCGUUCUCCCAAACCGCAUCCACCAUUGCGACCUGGACCGAUCGAGUUGCCGUCAAAUCCAUACCAAGAUCCAGACCCGUUGCUGGUGGCAUUUGAGCGUUGCGAAAGCACGCAAAUUAUCGUGCAGGUUGGUAAGAGACGGCCUCGACGCGAAGGCCAAGCUUAUCUACGCGGCGAGGGUCUACAGAUGGGGUAUCAAGGGUAUUGUACCGAUGUCGCGAUAACCGGUCCGAGUCCCGAUACGAUAAACGAUGCAGCGGAUGCUCCAAGCCAAGAGGCUAAAGUCCGUCUAGACCUUGGUGGAUGCAGCGGCGUCCAAUCUGAGGUUGAAUUGGGAGCCAUCGGAGGAACGCUGUUGCACGGAGACACGGAUGCGAUGGGCACGACCGGAAUCGAGGCAGGCCACACCCAGAAGACGAUCAGAAGACGGCUGCAUGUCAUCUUGCAAGGCAGAGAGGAGAUGGGUACGAAAGCGGAAGAUCGUAUGGAGAACGAAGAGAUGUUUGAAAGAAGCAUCGUCACAUGUAAUCAUUGCAAGGAGCGGAUCAAGUUCUAA